AAGGUGCGUAAUGACGUCGGUGAAUGAGCCGUAGUGUGAGCGUAGAGCGAGCCGCUCACUGAGGAGAGCUGGAUGGAGCAAACCAAAAGCAGGUGUUUCCUCCAUGUAGACCACGGUGGGGUUUCAGCAUCUCCACCUCCAGCACCGUCAUCGCCGUUCUCACUAUUUUUAUUUUCAUUUGUAGAUGAUCAGGUUUUUUGUUUAUUUCCAGAAAAGUUUUUUUUUAUUCUGAUAAAGAUCCAUUUCCUUUUACAGACACCCCUAUUUUCUUUAUAAUUAUUACAACCGACCUGUCUAUGUAACAGGCGCAUGAAAGCCAGAGAAUAAAUAUUUGAAUAAAAUCAUUCUCAUAUUCAGAUUUUUUGUUCCUGCGAUUAAAAGAAAUGUCAGUCGCUUUUUCAUCAACACGACCGAGAGGAAAAGGUGAAGUGACCCAACAGACGAUACAGAAGAUGCUGGAUGAAAACCACUAUCUGAUUCAGUGCAUUAUGGACUAUCAGAGCAAAGGAAAGACGGCAGAGUGCACACAGUAUCAGCAGAUUUUACACAGAAACCUGGUUUACUUGGCCACAAUCGCAGACUCCAACCAAAACAUGCAGUCCCUCUUACCUGCGCCUCCGAACCCCGGGAUGGGCAUGGGCGGAGGUGGGAUGGGAGGGAGCAGUGCAGGAGGAUCUCUACACUCUCAGAGUAACCUUAAUGACAGCAUGCCUUCUUCCUCACUAAUGCAGAGUCAGAUGAGUAAUGGCCCGAGUCACACCCCCAUGCAGCAGCAGCAGUCCGGCACUUCCACCUCGUCCAUGAGCUCCGGGUCGAGCUUCACUCAUUCAGUGCCCUCAUCUUUAUCGUCACAGGGCACAGCACUGUACCCGUCCUCCCGCACCAACCUCAACAUACAGUCCAGCCAAGGUGAGCCCAGAGAGCUGUGUGUGAAUGAGAAGGCAAAAGACAGCCAAAGACAAACACAUUCAGUUCAUCACGUCUCUAUGAUGCAUCAACAAAGUUCAGGACCUCAUUACUCCUCUUCUGGAGGUCAGCAGUAUCAGGGGCAGCAGUCCAUGGGCAUGAUGGGACAAAGUAAUCAAGGCAACAGUAUGGUCUCACAGAGGCCUCUCUAUCGUCCUGCUCAGCAAGGAUCGCAGUACAUGGGUCAGGAGGAGUUCUACGGAGAGCAGUACGGACACACUCCGAGCUCCGGCGAGCCUAUAAAUCAGCAGUAUUACCCUGACGGUCACAGUGAGUACUCAUAUCAGCAGUCUUCUUACGGAGAGCAGGGUUAUGAGAGAUCAUUUGAAGACUCAUCGCAGCACUAUUAUGAAGGCGGAAACUCGCAGUAUAGCCAACAGCAGUCACAAUAUCAGCAGAGCUCAGGUCAGCAGCAGACAUUCAACCAACAGCAGUACCAAUCACAGCCGGGAUACAGCAACCAAGGACAGGGUUACGGUCCAGGACAGGGAGCUCCAUCUCAGUACUCGCAGUAUCAGCAGGGUCAGAGUCAGCAGUAUUCCUCAUAUCGCUCCACACAGUCUACACCUGGCCCUCAAACACAGAGAUCCUACACUUACGAACAGGGUCAGUAUGGAAACUACCAGCAGUAACGAUACGCUGCCAUGUUGACCAUACGGCAAACUGAUCGAAUGAACAGGAUCGCGAAUGCUGCACCGUUCUGUCGUCCUGAUCAAUGAGAGAAUCGGUUUGUCCAAAAAUAUUAUAGCUUCCAUCUUCUUAUGCAGAUUGAGAUCGGAAUCCACUCUCACUGUCUGUCUGUUUAACAGUUAAAUAUUCCCGGCUACUUUCUUUCACCUACCUCCUCUUCAUUUCUCACAGGGAUUCAGAGCUUCUAUCUCUGUACAGAGAUAAGGUAUAUAUCAGACAGGUGAAAACCGACUAACGAAUACAUUCGGUAUCUGUUUAUAUGAAGUGUGUAAAAUAAGCGUGUGAAAACAUUCCUAGUGUCCAUCAGAUGUUACGUGUUACAUGUUAAAGGUGCAGGAGUUUUCUAGUUUUGCGUACUGUUAGCAACAACUCGGUAUGGGUUUUUCUAAUUUUUCUCUAUUUAAUUCUUUCUAUUUUUAUAGCUGUUUUUACAGUUUUCAAAAGAAGCAGUUUAAGAAGGUGUACCAAACCCAACAUUCACAAUCACACACCAAGCUCCACUAAACACCAGUAUUGUCCAACAUACAACCGUCAAAACCAAUACUAUUAAAUGGCAAGAAUGCACCAAUAUCCAUCAAACACUAACAUUUACCAUCCAACACCAUUAAACACUAACAUUUACCAUCCAACACCAUUAAACACUAACAUUUACCAUCCAACACCAUCAAACACCAACAUUUACUAUCCAACACCAUCCAACAUCAUUAAACACCAACAUUUACCAUCCAACAC